AGCCCAUGUUUGGAAAUGUUCCCCGGAGGCGCCGCUUGAGUCUGAGGAAUAAUCACGACCAGCAGGAGUACGCGCAGGGCUGGACGCGCACCGCACAUAAGCGCUCCCGGACGGAAGAUCUGAACAGAGCGAAAAGAGCGGUCAUCAUCAAUAAUAUCGCCAUGGCCCAAGCAAAGAUACACGCCAAAAUGAACGAAGCCGCCUGCAGCAAGUUCAGCCGCACGCUGUCCAUGGCAGAUCGCUCCGGGCGACUCCUGGAAAGUUUGGAUCAGCUGGAAAUGAGGGUGGAGGCUUUACGCGAAGCCGCGUCUGACAUGGAGCAGGAAAGGGAGAGCAUCCUGGAAAUGAUUCAGUCCCUGCAGAACAGUCAAGAAAUGCGUAACAUCUGUCCGGGUGAGAGAGAAGAGUUGAGUCUGACCGCAAACCGCCUGAUGGGCCGAACGCUGUCUGUGGAGAUCUCCAUCGGCACCAUCAGGAACCCCCAGCAGGAGGAGGCGUUGCAGAAGGCCACCUCCAUGAUAGAUGAGAUAGUGAAAAAGUUACUGAGUGACAUGGAAAGCGGCCGGCAGCAGCUGCUGGCCCUGCACGCGGCCUGCGUGACCGAAGCGCCGCCCGUCCCCAUCGACCAGAAGUUUCAGGCCAUCGUGAUCGGCUGCGCUCUGGAGGACCAGAAGAAGAUCAAGAGGAGGCUGGAGACUCUGGUGAGGAACACUGAAAACGCCGAGAAGAACAUCAAGAUCAUGGAUCACCAGAAGCUGGAGGACGCAAAGGCCAACGGAGGUCACUAAGGCUUGUUAGAAGCCCCCAAAACCUGGGCUGAAUUCCUCGAACCUCACAGUGAAUUGUUGUCAACUUUCGUGUGUUUCAUUUCAGGAGUUUACACGUUGCAGUAAUACAGUGCCUCGCUAAAGUAGCCGCACCCCUUGGAACUUACUGUUUUAUAUUACAAUCUGAAACUUGGGUGUAUUUUGUGUGCUAGAUUAACAAUCUAUCAUGUUUUAUUUGGAACCAAACAUGAAAACAAUGCUAUUUGGCUCCCACUUCACAAUGAUGCACUACUUUGUUGAUCUGCUCUUGUAGAAUAUAUAAAAAAAACUGUAGUUAUGACAAAAUAUUAGAUAGUAAAGGGGCAAUCCAUACGUGUGCAGCAAGGUGCUGCAUCAAACCCUGAAGUGCAAAGAACCAAAAUGCACUUAAACACAGUACUGUUUACACUGACUGUAUGCAUGUUCACCGAGUCAGCUCAGUUUACCUAAUGAUACUUGGUAAUGCAACAAUGUGAAAAGCAUAUAUUAGUGUUCAUAUUCCUACAUUAAAAUAGCUUAUUAAAAUUCUGAGCAAGUCAUAUGUAGUUUCAAAACUGCAAAAGCUAACAAUUUUUUAGACUACUAACUCUAAAGCUGGAUUAUCCAAGUUGACGGUCAAUCAAUGACGCAUCUUUGACCCUCUUAAAAAAAAAAAAAAAAAAAACAGCCUUGGGUAGUUUAAGGUUUGUGGAUGUGCUCAACCCUACCUCCUUGUGUGAAGGCAACAAAUCACAUAUGCUGUGCAUUUUAACUGGUGUUUUCACAAAGCCGUUUUUAAAACCUUAUUCAAUAAAAAACAUUUCUUAAAAACA